GGUCUUACUAGUUUACACCGUUUCGCGUAUUUCCAAAUGCAUGGAAAUGCAUUUUCAUACAACCACUGUUUUACUUAUUUAUUCAGCCAUUACAUGUUAUGCAGAACAUGUCUGCAGGAUUCCUAGGAAUGUUCCAAUAAUGCACGCAUCUUCCACUUUCUCAUCUAGAACCAGAAGAAGUACAGUGGAUAGCAAGUUGAAGUUCUCUGUUGAGUAUACAACAGCAUUCCAGAAGCAUGCCCUUUUUGAUAAAGUAAAGACAAAUAUUGUCUUACCGUCACUGACAUUUUGGGAAAAAACGCUUAGUGUUAAAAGGAUGCCUACAGGGAAUAUUUUACUCGAAAGACAAUGCCUCGAGUCACAGGUUUCUUACAUCAGAUGGCCGAACGGGACUGUUGGUAUGUACUGCAAUAAAGGCUGUGAAAGUGUUACGCGUUGUUUUACGGAGCCUAUACCAAAUACUUAUCUCAAUGGAUGUAAACAGCUCAAUGGGAGUCAACCAACUGUUCAAGGAGAAAGAGGAGUUGGAAUACCACCGAACGGUUAUUUGGUUUUUGUCGAUGCUUCUGCAACGGAUCCGUGUAAAGCUGAUGAUCUGUUGGCUUAUGCCCUAGCCUGUCAACUUGAAUCUGGUACCGAUAGGCCUGUUGCAGGUUAUGUAAACAUGUGUCCAAAUCAGUUGUCUGGAUCAACAGGUGAAAUUCGUGCUACAAUUUCCACCUUCAUUCAUGAAAUGGCACACGCUUUAGGUUUUUCAAGCACAUCAUAUGCUUUUCUGCGUGAUGAAAAUGGCAAUCCAAGAACACCACGAGAUCCACAGACUGAUUUACCUGCGCUUGGUCAGGAUUCUGACUUUAUUUUUAAUGCAAGUACAUCAACUAUCAGAACCUUUCAACGCACCUGGGUUUCUGCAGUUUCUACGACUACACGCACGGUUAGUGCCUUUGUUCUUCCAAACCUAUUGAACGAAGCUAGAGCUCACUACAAUUGCCCAACAUUGGAUGGAAUGGAUGUUGAAAAUGAUGGCGGCUCUGGGACGGCAAUUGUUCAUUUCGAAAAAAGAAUUACUGAGGAUGAAUUAAUGUCAGGAAGUUAUUCGAAAGAGACGUAUAUUUCAUCUUUAACACUGGCAUAUUUCAAAGAUACAGGGUGGUACGAUGUGAACAUGUCCAUGGCUGAUAACUGGAAAUUUGGUAAAAACUGGGGUUGUGAUUUUGUGCUGAAGAGUUGUUAUGAAUAUAUGCAGAUGAAAACGGCAGCGAACAAACCAUUAACACCUUAUUGCAAUAAGGCUUCAGGCAAUGACAUAAAGUGUUUAGUUUAUGAUGAAGUAUACGGUUACUGUGAUCUUAAACGUUUGAAGGAUAAAGUUCCUCCAGAAUAUCAAUAUUUUACUCGUUUGGAUGGAGUUGCUGAUUCAGAUGUAGCUUUUUAUGGUGGGAGUUCUACACUAAGUGAUCGAUGUCCAAUUUAUCGGAUUCAAGAAACAACUAUGCCUUACAGUAUUUUGGAAAAGAUUCAAUUUGCGUGGAACCUGACUCCUUACAGGUACGAGUCAGUAUUGUAGGAGGGUUUUAUAGAAUACUGAAUACGCCAAGUUGUCACAAGUAUACGUGCACAGGUUCUGGGAUUACCUUAUUAAUUGGAAGUGGGAAUUUCUCAUGUUCAGGUGAUGGUCAAUCUAUCGCAGUUAAUGCUUUUGACAGUAGUAUUAAUGUUAGAGGAUUAGCUCUAUGUCCCACUUGUAAUGGAUUAUGCAGUCCUUGCCCAAACUUUACAUCUACGAGUUUUGGAAAUCUAAUAUCUCGUAUACGGAGAAAUGAUAAACUACUAAUUUUAAAUGUGAUUAUAUUACUCCAGAUUUUGGAUUACUUACAUUUUUGAUAGGAAAGUUAAAGAACACUAUAAAUGAGUAUUUCGAAUUUAUCAUGAAGUGUCGACUUCUUAUACUAUAACUUUAUUUAUCUAUUUUAAUUACGAGUUUUAAAUAAAAA